CUUUAUUUAUCACAAUUUCUCAACUUUCUCUUAUGGAUAGAGAUCGUAUAUGCAUCAUUGCCAUCUCAAUCAAAUGUACGUGAACUACUUUUUAGCCACUAAGUUUUCUAAUGGUUACCAAUAACACAUUAUAGCUUGUGUAGAUAAAAGUAAGUUGCAACCAAAGCUUUCAAGAAAGCAACUGUUGGUAUCAGUUGCUGGAACAAAAUUGAAGGAUUUAAAGUUAUGGUGGAAAAAAUAAUGAAAUUAUUGGGCUAAUUGUUGACAAAGUAUUAUUUCUUUGGACUUGUAAGUAGAAUAAAAAUGAUUACUUUAAGUGCGUUCUUUUCAUUUUUUUUUUUUUUGAAAACAAAGUGCAUUCUUUUCAAUUUUUUUUUUUUUUAAAAACAAAGUGCGUUCUUUUCACUUGAUUAGAACUAAAUUUAUUUGAGUUAAGUAUAAAACAGGGGACUCAAUUGUUGCAAAAUAUGGGGAAAGGGGACUCAAUUUAUUUUAUAGAGGAAAAGAGAAGUGGGCUAGAAAGGGCUUGGGUUAUCGGUGAGUUUUAAUUAAUUAAGGGAAAGAAUUGAGUCCCUUUGGUUAAAUAAUUGAGUCCCUUUAGUUAACCAAUAAUAAAAAAGUAUAUUUUUAUUUUUUUUAUAAUAUUUUACUUUGCAAAGAAUUGAGUCCCUGCCUCUUUUUGGGAACAAAAGCAGAGCAUCGUCACUUUCAUUGCUCUCCUUUUGUCCUUAAUGGUUUGGAUGAAAGCCAAAUUUGGAAAUUUUGCAACGAAAUUGCGGCAAAGAGCAUCAAAAUGGUUUUGAAGUAUUUGGAUGGGAACUUCAAGUAUGGUGUAAGGGAAGGGGGAACACAAGUCAGGUAUGUUGUGAGCCUACUAGAUAGGACAUGUAGCUGCAAUGUGUGGCAAUUGAGGGGUUAUCCAUGUAGACAUGCAGUGACAGCAAUAUGGAAGGCUAUGGAACACCCCGAACACUAUGUUCAUGAGUGGCUCACCAAGGAUAAGUACUUACAAGCAUAUCAAUUUCCAUUAGAGCCGUUAAAUGGCCCUAACGAAUGGCCAGAAUGCUCCCAUAACCUACAAAUAUUUGCCCCUCCUGUAAAAAUUGUCAAGCACAGGAGAACUUAUAAGAGGAAGGCUUCUGCUGGCGAGCUCACAGGGGGGAUCAAGAUGUCAAAGAAGGGGAUGCAACAUAAGUGCAGCAAUUGUAAACAAGUAGGCCAUAAAAAGACUACCUGCCCCAUGCUUCCUACCCAGCAAAAUCAACCUGAAGUUGCCACUCAACAAUCUCAGACAUCGAUACCCAUGCACAACCGAGGAUUCGGGGUCUAUACUUGUCCUAAUGGCUAUCAAAGACAGGCAGUGCAAAUUAACACAAGAGGAAAUCAAUCAUUAGCUUCAUCACAAGUCACAACGGAAACCUCUACUCAGGUACAUCACUCAAACACAAUUAGAAAUCUUAAGAUAAAAAUAUAUAAGAUAUAA